AUGCGAUUGAUCGGAUGGGAGGUGAUAUUAAUAUUCACGAUCUGCCUCCAACAGGUAUUGACUGAAGAUUACUGCUCCAAUAAUGGCGAUCUCGAUGUCUCCAACAUACGGCCUCUCAAAUGCAAACUUGGAGUGAAUCAAAGACAAUGUGUGAAUUGGCGCAUCCCGAUGGCCAUUUACUUGAGAAAUGCGGAUCAAGGUUCGGAACAGAAUGUUCUUAGUAGUAUUCUUGGCUUCAUGAAACAAGCCGCUUUUUACUGUGAUAAUAACAGCUAUACUCAACUGUACAUACCUGGACCUUACGCGGAAAACAAGUGUCCAAAAUUCCACUCAAUUACAGAUUCCAUAUAUUCAAACAUCACUUAUAAAACAGCAGCGACAGCAAAGCUUGAGCUGGAAGACGUCGAUCAAGAUUCCCCGGGAUAUAUACUUUAUAACAUGCUGUACAAAAUGAAAGAAUGUCUUCUACAGACCCCUCUGUCAUCAGAUCAAGGUGGAGCAGCCUUUGUAUUCACAGAUAUCACGUACGAACAAAUGUGUGACGAUAUGUUUCUGGCCAAUUCCCCGUUUCAGUUAGGCACUCUGAUUGCUGAACUUAUUUCCAAUAAGUACUCCGUUGUCUUCCAACUAUUUUCUAGGCAACCCACGGAAGACUUUGUGAAAUUCCAACAGCUCUUCAACGUAUGUACCAAAUUGAAUGACUGUUAUCUGUUUCUGAACGCAUAUGAAGAUGAUUGGAGUUUCGAUGGUGUUUGGUUUGAAACUUGUCCUCGCUAUGGAUUGGAAAUGCCGGAAGGAGAAAUCAUAUACUUAGUGAGCUUGUGUGCUUCUUGUGUUGUGCUAUCAUUGGCACUUUUCUGCGCUUUCUUCCAAAAAACUCUACGAAAAAUGAGGCGUUCGAGAAAGCAGAUAAACAAUGAUUUUUGCACAAUUAUCAAACGGGAGAAUGAUAAAACAUCUUCUCCUACGAUGGAUAUCAUAGCUGAUGACUGGGAGAUCAAUCUGACCGAUAUUCUACUGAAAGACUCAGAAGUGUUAGGCUAUGGAGCCUUCGGAACAGUAUUCAAAGCUAUAAUUGCUGAAGGAAAAGUACCAUUGUUACAAAAGCAAGGAUAUGCGGUGCAGCCUCUUAUAUGUCUUCCAGAUGGAACAUACGAGGCAGCGCUGAAGCGGCUUCCAGAACAUUCAAUCAAGAGGAAUAUAGCUGAUUUGAGAAAUGAAAUUCAGUUUAUGAAAGAUUUGGGAUAUCACCCCCAUGUUAUAAGUAUGCUUGGAUGCGUCAGUGUGAACGAUGAUCCAAUGCUGGUUCUGGAGUACUGUGAGCAUAAAGAUCUCCUCAAUUUCCUCAGAAAACAUCGUGGUAACUACAUGGACUCAAACAUGAAGAAUGAAGAAGAAGAAGAUUUUUCCCUCGAGUUGUUCGACCCACCUAGCCCCAUGGCAGAAAACAGUGGAAGCUCUUUCAUCCCCAUAAUAAUCACCCCAAAAACUUUGCUAUCCUUAGCCUGGCAAAUUUGUGAUGGAAUGACUUACUUGGUCAGUAAGGAUAUAAUACACAGAGAUCUCGCUGCCAGAAACGUUCUGCUUAACUCUCGAUUAGUGGCGAAAAUUGGAGAUUUUGGUAUGUGCCGUAGAUCCAAGGACGUUUUUUAUACUUCGAAAGGAGGUAGACUUCCCGUGAAAUGGAUGGCUCCAGAGUCUUUGAAGUUCUUCAAAUUCUCUUCCAAAACCGAUGUAUGGUCCUAUGGUGUUGUUUUGUAUGAAGUCUUCUCAUUGGGCUUAACUCCAUACAUAGCAGUGGAUCCAGAAUAUAUGUGCGAUUAUCUUGACGAGGGCAACCGAUUACCAAAAGUGGAUAAGUGCCCAGAGGAAAUAUAUGAAAUCAUGGAAAAAUGCUGGGAGGCAGAUCCUGAGAAAAGACCCUCUUUCAAUGAGAUAAGACAAUCAUUGGCUACGUUUCUGAAUGAAAGUGAUGGAAAUUACAAUUACGUCGACUUGAUGAAUCCUCCAAUGAACUUGUCGUCGAGUCCUUGA